UAAAUUAAUCAUUUCUUUUUUACUUAUAUUGCUUAUCAUUGAAUUUGACCAAUCAAUAGCAACGUGCAAUUACUACUAUUUUAUUUCACUAUAUUUAUCUUAGAGGUCACUGUAUACAAUAUUUUCUAAUGUUAUUACUGUUCGAGACCCACGUGAUUGUAAUAAUUUAUAAAAUGUUAGACAAUUUUUAAGAGCGGGGUUAUUUGAAGAGAUUUUUUACGUAUAGAAAUGUAUAAAAAUUUAUUAGAUGUACGAUUUAACAGGCACAUAACUAUUAGAUUAUUUUGUUAUGAAUCCUUAUCAAAGACAAAUCUGCGUAGUAUAUUAUCAAAGAAUUUUCCUAAUGCAUCCAAAAAAAUGGAUAAAUUGCUUAAAAAAUACGGUGACAAAAUACUUAAAAUACCAAUGAAGGAUAUUAUUCAAAAUAGUGAAAUGUGUCGUGAAUACAAUGUUAAGACAGAAACAUUGGAAAAUAUCGUAACUUGUUUGAAUAUAAAACCUCACAUUUUUAGGCACAGAAUAUUUUUACUAGAAGAAAUAGGCGUAUCUGAAAUGAAUAUAAAUAUCAUUUGGAAAAUACAAAAUUACUUUAAUCUACCUGCAAAUGAAUUUAAAAAGAUAAUGAAAAUACCAAUGGAUCAACAUAUUAUGACUAAUAUGAUUUUUCAUAUCAAUAACAAUUUAUCGGAUGCGGUACCACCUUUAGAUUUAUUAGUUGAAUCAUUAUCUGUAUAUAUGCAUUACGAAAAAUGUUUCUCAUAUUAUAUUGUGAAUAAAUUAAAUUCUGAUGAAAUAAACUUAAAUCGUAAAGGUAGAAAGUUUAAAAGCUUCAGAUUAAUGACGAAGUUAAUAAAUAUUUUAAUAAAUAAUUUUGACAUUGACUACGAAUAUAUAAGAAAUCAUCUAAUCAUUUUAGAUAUGUGCCCAAAUCAAGUACAAUAUGUAUUGGAUAAUUUAAAGGAUACUAAAAUAAUUAAUUUGACAAUUCAAGAUAUUUUUAAAAGAUUCCAUGAAAUAUUACUAUGCGAUCCAGAAAACAUAAAGAAAUUAUUAAAGACCUUUAAAAAAUAUGAAUUGGAUAAUAAACUUCUGAUAAAUUGUUUAAGAAUUUUUAAACUUAGAAAUGAAGAUUUUAUUAAUAAAAUGGAAAAUCUCUUAAGCAUACCAGAUCUCAGAGUCUGGUGUAAAACUCCACGUAUUCUAUACUUCAUACUUAAUAAAAAUAUAAUUAAUGAACGCCUUGAAUUUUUGCGCAAUAAUGGCUGUAUUAAAAAUACUAAUUUAUACCUGCUUACAAGCGACAGGACUUAUUUUAAUAAAUAUAAGAGAGGUGAAUUUAAUUUCUCGAGGAAAUUAAAAUACAUAAAAUACAUUCUGCAUAAGGAACUAGGCUAUGACAAAAAAGACUUGAUGAAAAAAUUUAAGCGACAUCAAUAUUGGAACAGAAUAUCCUUUGUAGAUUUGGAUGAUACAUUGCGUAUCAUGAAAAAGAACUUUUCAAUAGAAGAUAUAUAUCAUAAUAUUCAUAUUAUUCUCUAUCCAUGGUCUACUAUUAGCAAAAUAUUAAAAAGUAUACAAGAGUCUGAGGAAUACAAGAAAUAUACUCCAUCUCAACAAUUGGCACUUUGUUUAUAUUUUCUAGAGAAAGAUAAUCAUUUUACUGGCGAUGGAAUUUGGAAUAUAAAGGAAGGGGAAAAGCAAUUACAAGAUAAUAAAGAAAUUAAUGAUGAAUAGCAAGAGAUCGGGAUAAAAUUUUAAUAUUUCAAAUGAAUAGUGAAUGUACUUCCUAUUUUUUUUUUUUUGUUUUUUUUUUUUUUUUUUUUUUAGAAG